AUAACGUACAAUCGUUAAAUUGUUUCUGUACAAUCGCGAACAUGAAGCAGCAUGCAGGAAUUUGCAGCGCCAUGAUGAAACUUCAGGGUUGCGUUGACUUUCACUUCUUGGCCAGAGACGUGAUGAUGAUGUGGAGAGGGGCGGGGCAUUUACGCACGCAGUGGAGUGUGGAGACGAGACGCUUCAUGAUGUACACCGAGCUGUUGUCGAAGCUAUGCUGGGGCACACUUGGUUGCACUUCACUCGAGUAUUAUUUUUUCUGUAACAAGGAAAAACAUGCUCGAUUAUUCCCACGUAGAUGUCAAAGCUCUUCGGGAAAAUACGGUGCUUUUCAUUGUUUUAGAAAAGAGCCUGACCAGUGUUUGCGUGGAACAGCUGUCUUCAAAAUAUGCCUAUCCCCUUGACCUGUACAGGCUUUAGUUGGUCUUGAGGAUGCAAUCGGGCCAGCACCCCAGCAAACGCUAACCUGUUGUCCUAUUGGCCACCUGCACCAGCCAGAGGAGAUGGUCCAUUGGACCACGCGUUGGGGGACAUAUCUGUGGGUCCAGACGCUCCUGGCUACUGCCACGGCUAACUGUCCCUCGCUGGUUCCUAGCCCCACCAACUUCUCUGUGGUUUACACCAUGUCCUUCUUCCAGGCCCGCAGCCCCAUCCAGAACAUCGUCAAUAACUCCCUAUACCAGGAGGUGUACAUUGCAUCCCAGAACGUCAUCGAGGCUGUGAACCAGAGCUUGGAGAAGGUGUGGGAGCUCCCCACUGGGCCCGUGGGCAGCCCCGAGUGUGAGAUAUGCGACAUGUGUGACGUUGACAAGGACCCUAACUACCUGGAGGACACAGACAAUCAGGUGCUGCUGCUGGACACGCUGUUCAUGUAUUUGUACUCCUGUGGAAGCUCUCAGUACGGCGUGUGCUACUUCCACCAGCUGAACACGCACGGGGCGCCGCCCUCUCCCUCCAAGUGUCUGUUCCGGAAGGAGUCGAACUCUGCCGCCUACUGCCCCGACUGCCUAGCCAGCGGCCUGGGCACCAAGGUGACCCUGGUGGAGGAGGGGCAGACGGUGUACUUCUUUGUGGCGGUGACGGUCAACGACAGCGUGACGCAACGCUACGGCAGGAAGUCACUGUCGGUGCGGCGGCCGCUGGCCACCGAGGACGGCUUCUACAGGGACGUGCGCGGCCUGACGGUGCUCCCGGGCCUGCGGAGGACGUACGGCAUCCGCUACGUGUACAGCUUCUUCACCCAGGAGUUCGUCUACUUCCUGUCCGUGCAGCGGGAGAGCCCCGACCAGGAGUCGUCCCCGUUCCAGACGCGCCUGGGCCGGCUGCCGCGCAACGAGUGGGAGAUGAAGCGCUACCGCGAGGUCGUCCUGGAGUGCCGCUUCGAGCCCAAGCGCCGGCGGAGGAACGUGGCCAGCGAGCCCUACAGGGACGUGGUCUACAACGUGGUGCAGGCCGCCCACUUCGGCCGGGCGGGCCGGGAGCUGGCGGCGCAGCUGGGCGCCGAGGAGGAGGACGACAUCCUGUACGGGGUGUUCGCCGUGACCGGCGACGACGGGGCGACGGAGGACGACUCGGCGCUGUGCGCCUUCCCCGUGGACAACGUGAACACGGCCAUCGACGACGGCGUGGACGACUGCUGCAAGUCGGGCCCGGAGCAGCUGUCCAGGGGGCUGUGCCACUUCCAGCCCUGCGAGAGCUGUCCCCACGAGCAGAGCAUGGAGCACAACGCCACGUGCCGGGACCAGCCCACCAUGGUGUCCAAGCCCUACUACAGGGUCGACCUGUUCAACAGGCAGAUGCAGGACGUCCUGCUCACCUCGCUGCUGGUCACCAUCAUAGAGAACAAGACGGUGGCGCACAUCGGCACCUCCACGGGACGCCUGCUGCAGCUUGUGCUCACCAGAUCCAGCCCAGUUGUCUUUGCCAACUACUCGUUGGUGGAGAACCAGAGGGUGUCUUCCAUCGCUGCGGUGUACUCCUCAGAGUAUCUGCUCUUUGUGGUCGGAGACAAAAUGUUCCAGGUGCCCCAGCGGGGCCCCGGGUGCCAGCACUACCUGACCUGCGCUGUGUGCCUCAUGGCCCCCAAGUUCAUGGGCUGCGGCUGGUGCUCCGGGGAGUGCAGCUGGGAGGACGAGUGCAGCGUGCGCUGGAGGAACGAGUCGUGCCCUCCAGUGAUAACCGGGUUCUUCCCGAAGACGGCGCCCCCUGAUGGUCAGACGGAGCUCACGGUGUGCGGCUGGGAGUUCCAGUGUCCGUCCAAACCGGACAUCACCUCCAGGACCCACCAAGUCAGGAUCGGGCCCGCGGCCUGCGCUGUGCAGCCCUCCAGGAGUAACAACACACACUUGGUGUGCAAGAUUCUCUCUGGGGCUAUGGAGCUGUCUAAAGCCCUCACGGUCAAUGUGGAGGUGCAUGAGGGGAAGGUGGACUGGCGAUACUCCAUCCAAGGAAAAGCAGAGAUGCCUGGCUUCAUGUUUGUGAUUCCGAACGUCACCCAUAUCCAGCCAAACUACGGCCCCCUUGUCGGGGGCACGCUCAUCACCAUCACAGGGCCCCACCUGGAUGCGGGCAAGACUAGGCGUGUCACGCUCAACGAUCAGCCCUGUCCUAUUAAAAGUGUCACACCCGCUAUAGACGGCGUGUCCUCCAUCAUCUGCCUGUCCCAACCCAUCUCGGAGGUGCGGGACGUGCCCCUGAGCGUGUUCAUCGACAGGUCCCCCGUGCCCACCACCAAGGUCUUCUACUACAAGGAGAACCCCGAGAUCACCGCCGUCCUGCCCGACUGCAGCUUUGACAGGGGGUCCAAGAUCGUGAUCGAAGGGAAGAACCUGGAUUCAGUUUACCGGACCGCUGUCCGCUUCAAGCCUGACGAGAGUCACCUGAGGCCUGUGUUCAGGGAGUGCAAAGGGAAGUCCCUGCCUACCAAGAUGGAGUGCCUGGCUCCUGAGUUCCCCCAGGACGAGACGGAGAAGGGGCAGCUCUCCUUCGACAUGGACGGAGCGGUGGGGCUGUGGAACGGAGAGUUCUCCUACCACCCGUACGGAGAGCCCAUCCCCUUCGAGACCGAGGGCCACGUGCUGAACCUGUACCCGGGGUUCGACGAAGUGUCCCUGCAUCACCAGAAGCUGAACCUGGUGAGCUCCUGCAUGACCAUCAUCAUGACCAUGGCCGGGGUCAACUGUGACGCCAAGGUCCUGGACAACGAGAUCACCUGCAGGAUCCCCAAGAACAUGACCAUCCCCAGCGAAGGGCUGCCAGUGAAGAUCUCCAUCAACGGACAGGUCCACAACGUGGGCACGGUGGUGAGGGUGAGCAACCACUACAUGGUGGGCAUCGUGCUGGGCAUCCUGGCCGCGCUGGUGGCCGGCGCCGCGCUCGCUUUCGCCGUCAUGAAGCACCUGAGGAAGAAGAAGAAAGCCUCCAUGGUGGAGACUCGUCUGGGCCUUAACCCUAACCACUCUGGCACCAACAAUGGGGACAUGUCCCCCGUGGGAGACUACCGCAGAGUGGCCUCGAUCGCUCCUUCCUCCUCCAUGUCUGGCACCGUGGUCUUCUCCGGCAUGGCCUACGCUGCAGGCGGGGUGGACCCCACCCUGGCCCCCCUUAUGCCUGCAGAGAAGAUCUCCAUCUCCAGCUUCAGACCGGAGCUCCUGGAGGAGGUGAAGGACGUGCUCAUCCCGGCCCAGAUGCUGGUGGUCCAGCACCACCGCAUCAUAGGGAAGGGCCACUUUGGCACUGUGUACCACGGCUACUUCACCGACUACAACAACAGAGAGAUCCACUGCGCUGUUAAGUCUUUGAACAGGAUCACAGACGUGGAGGAGGUGGAGCAGUUCCUAAAGGAGGGCAUCAUCAUGAAGGGCUUCCACCACACCAACGUGUUGUCUCUGCUGGGCAUCCUGCUGCCGGAGGAAGGGCUCCCCCUGGUGGUGCUGCCCUACAUGAAGCACGGGGACCUGCGGCACUUCAUACGCUGCGAAAAGAGGAAUCCAACAGUGAAGGACCUGAUAGGCUUCGGCCUCCAGGUUGCCACGGGGAUGGAGUAUUUGGCUCAGAAGAAGUUUGUACACAGAGACCUGGCCGCACGCAACUGCAUGUUGGACGAGUCGUACACGGUGAAGGUGGCGGACUUCGGCAUGGCGCGGGAUGUGUUUGACAAGGAGUACUACAGCGUUCAGGACCACAGGAAGGCCAAGCUGCCGGUAAAGUGGAUGGCCAUCGAGAGUCUGCAGACCCAGAAAUUCACCUCCAAAUCAGACGUGUGGUCGUUUGGUGUGCUGAUGUGGGAGAUGCUGACGAGAGGAGCUAGCCCUUACCCGGAGGUGGACCCCUAUGACAUCACACACUACCUGCUGAAGGGCAGACGGCUGCCCCAGCCCCAGUACUGUCCGGACUCACUAUACUCAAUCAUGCUGCAGUGCUGGGACCCGGACUCAGAGCUGCGGCCCAGCUUCGCCACGCUUGUCUGCUCGGCGCUCAGCAUCCUGUCUGUUCUGGAGGGAGAGCACUACAUCAGCCUGAAGGUCACCUACGUCAACCUGGACCAGCCGCGGCCUUACCCCGCCCUCACCGAGUCUGCAGACGAGUGCAGCUCCUCGGACGAUGGAGACAAAGGCUCUGUUUCCUCCUAGUAUCCUCCUCCUCCUCCUCCUCCUCCUCCUCCUCCUCCUCCUCCUCCUCCUUACCUGCUCGUAACCAAACUAGUGGGGUUGUUCAAGCACCUUGGAGUUACAGGUCUUUAUGCUCUGGCGGUGCUAAAGAGAUCAACUAGCUGGGGAUAAUACUGUGUGUGUGUGUGCGUGUGCGUGUGCGUGUGUGUGUGUGCAACUGUGUUUGUGCGCGUGUGCUUGUCUGUUUCCAUGUGUGUGCAAGUAUGGGUAAAUUCCGGGUACUCCAUGCAUAUGUUUGUUUGUAUAAGUGCGUGUGUGUGUGUGUGUGUACAUAUUCUUGAUAGCUCAUACAAAUGUGUGUGCAUGUCAGAAUUUGUGUGUAUGUGUGUCUGUGUGCAAGUGUGUUUGUUUGUGUUUGUGUGUAUGCGCAAAUGUGUGUGUAAACAUGUAAGCAUUUGUGUGUCUGUCUGAGCAUGUAUGUGUGCGUCUGUGUGUGUGUGUGUGUAUGUGCAUGCGUGUGCCUGAGUGUGUACAUCAGUGUGAUUGUGUAUAGGAGACAGCUAGUCAGUCGAAGACAUAUUCCUAGUACAGUGGAUCACUGAAAGCUAAGUAGAGAUUUGCUGCAAUUAACAUCACAACAUAGUGACCUGUUACAGUCGCACAUACCAUUUGUAUCUCACCAUUGGAUAUCCCCAAUGCUGCUUGUAUUCGGUACAAUGUCUUUACCAUAGAGUGUAAUAAAUGAACAUAUUUAUUUGUUUAUAUAAUCAAGUUUGUGGUGUGACACCCAAGGACAAUAAAUGAUUUACUAAAACUCUCA